AUGAGUAUGCAGAUGUUGUUCUCUCUCCUUGUUGUCACCGUUGUGGCUUCAGCCGAUCUUAUCUCGGACUUGCAUCUUCCAGAACAAGAUCUGGAUGCCGUAAGUUUUCAUCAGCCUUGUUUUAUAAAUUUAGUUGGGACUGAUCAAGUACUGGGGCUACCAAGGAGAAGAGUAUAUUGUUGAGACUGUCGAUGACUGGCUUCUUCCAAUGCAGCGCAUUCCACGCGCCAAGAACGAGGACCCAAACAGCGACAUCUCUGGUAAACCCGUUGUCAUCCUUCAACAUGGCAUUGAAUGCGCCAGUGACAACUUUCUUUUGAACCUGCCACAUCAAACGCCAGGAUUCGUCUUCGCCGAUGCCGGAUAUGAUGUCUGGCUCCCCAACUCCCGAGGAAACACUUAUUCCAGCCACAAAAACUACACUCGUGCCCAGCCCGAGUUCUGGAAAUGGACGUAAGCGAAUAACCAGCAGUAAUAGCUCUAAUUAUCAUUGCAGAAGUGAUGAAAUGCAGCUGUACGAUAUCCCAGCCGUUUUCGACGUAAUUGAAAAUGUCACCGGCCAGUCCUCUUUCUACUACAUUGGCCACAGUCAAGGUACCUACCUCAUGUUUGCCAAGCUCUCCGACGAUCCUUCCUUCGCCAGCCGAGUGAAGAAAUUCUUUGCACUGGGACCUGCUGUUCAAUUCAGAGACCUUAAAGGCCCAUUUAAGACCAUCUGCGAGACGGAACUUGCUUUCCCCAAGGCCUGGUCGGACUUCGCUUGGAGUGAAUUCGGCCUUGGUUUCCUCAGCCAGCAGAAUGUUGAUCUUCUGAGCCUUCUAACUUGUUCCGUUCCUCCAAUCCAAAGAGAAUAUUGUUCCAAGGUUUACUACUGGUUCACAGGUCCAAGCACCACGAUCAACGUCACCCGUAUGCCCAUCUUCCUCAACCAUAUCCCCGCCGGUGUCAACGUCGCCACAGUCCAGAAAUACUGUGCUUCCACUGACCCAGUGUCCGGCGGAUUCCAAUGGUACAGAUUCCCCACUGCCGCUGAGAACAUCGCUCGCUAUGGAUCAGUUGACCCUCCUUACUACAACUUGACCAAAAUGGACGUCCCCCUCUACUUGUACAGUUGCCCCAACGAUUACUUGACCACUCUUGCCAACCUUGAGCACGAUAUUCUCCCCCACUUGAAGCCAGGAAUCCUGAAGGAGGACAACAGAUACCCUGGAUACGCCCACAUGGACUUCAUCUGGGGCUUGAACUCUACUGAAUUGGUCUACAACAAGAUCAUCAACGUAAUCAAUGCGGAUUAUAACUAA